UGUAAAACAUGAGCAGCGACUGUCCAGUCUUCUGCUCCGUAGAACAGCAAACGCGACAGGAGUGAAAAGUAAGUAAGCGAGAGAAAUAACUUCAGUUUUGUUCUGCGUUUGUGGGUCCGACGAGUUUAUAAAAGGAGGAAAACACCGUCGCAUCCUGAAUUUCUGGGCAGACUUUACGGGACAGAGCAGCAGCUGUCUAUCAACAGUCCUCUGUGAACGGCUGGGAAAACAUAGACAGGCGAGGAAAGAAUGAAGAUCUGUUUGCCGGUGUGAUUUCUAGGAUACCAGCACCCUAUGCUUUCUACGGUCUCAAGACGCUGAAGACGGGGCGUCAUUGACAGAGCAAGUGACCCCUCCCAGCCGCCACCAUGGCUCUGGUUCAGGCUCUGCCCAUAUCUGCUGAGCCCCACAACUCAGGCCUCAGUGGAGGGACCCGUAGAAGACUACAAUCUGGCCCUUCACCCCCCAUCAACGCACCACCACCCUCCACCCUGGAUCCCAUGGGCUCUGUUAGCAGCCUUAUAGCCACCCGCCCUGGUCCCUACCAGGACCAUCGCUCCGGUGUUGAAUUUGGAACAAGGGUUCGACGACCCACACCCGGAGCUUCCCGCCUUGAUGGCGAGUCUCCACAGGAUCAUUUACUGCAGAACAUCUCACCGCUCAAGAAACAAAGCUCCACAGCAUUCAUCAGGGGCCUGGAAAAGGAGAGCAGGAGUGGGAACUACACUUAUCAAAAUGAGGACUAUAUGGGUGACUGGAAUGAGAACCAUGCAGUAACCACCAGCCCAAGUAGUGACACAGAUGAGAUUAAAGAAGGAUCAGGUUUCAAAGGGAAUGUGGGGGGGCCUCCUCCAAAACUGAUCCCAGAGUCAGGAAAACUUGAGAGAAACAUGGAGAAAACAGUGCUGCGGCCCACUGCCUUCAAACCAGUCAUUCCGAAAAGCCGCACCUCCAUGCAGUACCUCUCUCCUCGCCAUUGUGCCAACGUUCCAGAAAGCCAAAACACCCUGAACCUGCUCAGCCCCACCCAUAGGGAAGUGUCGCCCUCCUGCUCCGAGAAACGCAGUUCGUACAGCGGGGCCCGCCACAGUGGCGGCGGGGGGAGCAGUCAGUCCUGCUCGCUGUCGGACUCUGGACGCAACUCCCUCUCCAGCCUGCCACCUUACGGCACCACUGGCUACAGUCUGGCAUCAGGAGAGGCCUCUGUAGGCCACAUGGAGCCCAUGAAGAGUGCUCCAUCAGUCGGUGCACACGGACACUCAAAUUCAGACAGUGGGCGCUCAUCCUCCAGUAAGAGUACAGGCUCUGGGUCGAUAAGUGGCCGAGGGCAACCUUUAUCUGACAGCGGAUCCAGUGGGCGCUCCCCUGGUCCUCUUGAUGGUUAUGAAGGGGUGGUCAGGGACCUGGAGGACAAACUGAGGGAGAGAGAGCUGGAGCUGCAGCAACUUAGAGACAACCUGGAUGAGAAUGAAGCCGCUAUUUGUCAGGUGUAUGAGGAGAAGCAGAAACGCUUUGAACUUGAGCUGGAGGAGCUGAGGCAGAGUUGUGCCACCCGGAUGCAGACAGCCUCACAGAAGGCCCAGCGCGCCCAGCAGGUGCUUCAGAUGCAGGCAUUUCAGCUGCAGCAGGAGAAGAAGAAGCUGCAGGAGGAUUUUGCCCAGCUUCUAAAGGAAAGGGAACAACUCGAGGAGCGCUGCACCUCAUAUGAGCAUGAGAAGAUCCAGCUGGGGCCUCGGCUUGAAGAGACUAAGUGGGAGGUGUGUCAGAAGUCGGGGGAAAUCUCUUUGCUGAAGCAGCAACUGAAGGAGGUGCAGGGAGAGUUGGCUCAACGUGUCGGAGAGAUCGUUUCACUGCGGGGUCAACUCAGAGAGGCUCGUGGUGAGCUAACAAACACCCAGGUCCUGCUCCAGGAGGCUCAUGGCACUACCCGCACACGAACCCUGGAGCUGGAGGUGUGUGAGAAUGAGCUGCAGCGCCGCAAGAGUGAAGCAGAACUCCUAAGAGAGAAGGUUGGACGUCUCGAAGCAGAGUUGGCUCAACUGAAAGAUCAGAGCCAGGGAAACAGACAGUGUCAGGUGUUCCAGGAAGCAGAGGAGCACAUGCUCGCCUAUGAAAGUGACGAGGCAAAGGCUCAGCGGCAGAGCAGCACCGAGGCCUUGCAGAACAUGAAGGCGCAGAUGGACAGGAUGAGGAGUGAGCUGAUUUUUGAGCGUCAGCGGGCUGAGCAGCAAAUGGGAAGCUUCGAGGAGGAGCGCAGGAUAUGGCAGGAGGAGAAGGACAAGGUAAUCCGCUACCAGAAGCAGCUGCAGCAGAACUAUGUACAGAUGUAUCGCAGGAACCGGGAGCUAGAACAGCACCUGCAGGACCUCAGUCAGGAACUGGAGAGCAGGGAGGAGGACGAGGGCAGUGGCAAUGAGAUAAACUUUGAUGAGGUGGCUGCCACAGAAAUUUGACCCCUGUGUGUCACCAGUUUUUGAUUUGCACUACUAUCAGCAUAACAUUUUAACCCACAUAACACAGAUCUGGUCUCUUCUUGAUCCUUUAGAGGGAAACGGAUCGGCAGCGCACACACACAAAAAAAAAAUCAAAGACAAAAACAUCUGCAGUGUAAAAUCAGCCACACUUUAGUUCUGCCUCAUUGGUCUGCUCUCCAUGGAGUCCUGCUUUAAAAGCCAAUGACCUCCAUUAGUCAUUAGUAGGCCACCUCGGUCCUCUUUUCCUCCAUUAAUGUCUGUGUUAGUAUUUGCACUGACUAACUAGACAUCAGUGUUGUAGUCCUCCUUCACAGUCUGAUUCUAGGUGAUGGGCAUGAGUAACAUCAACCUUUCACAGUCCUCCCACGCUGUUCGUCGUGGGCUCACAUUAGUACCAUUACUUCUGAGUGUGCCCACACUGUUCAAAUGACGGCAACACAUCCAGCAUGCUGUAAGAGUGAGUAAGUCGGAUCUAAAGUGUUAAUGACGGUGGAUUCACUGUGAUGUAGUGAGGAUUCUAUUGUUUGUUUUCCCCCCAGAACUCCAACAUGGCCAACAUUUAAACUUGAGAGGUUUCCAAAAUAGGUUUACUUCCUUCUGUUUUGGAGGAUGGCAUAAAAACACUGAAUUAAUGUUUUCAUUACACACAGCACAGUACACAGAAUUAGUUUCUCGAUGAAACAAAUACUAACACUAACAGAACUCCUUACAUACAGUGCACAUGUCGGCUUCUCUCUUGCCUCUUUAUUGCACUUGUGAGAAGAGUUGAUUUCAUCACUUUCUGUUGUGUGUGUGUGUGAGUGAGUAAGUGGGUGAUAUGGAUGAAACUACUUUAAUGGUAAACAGUACAGUCAUUUUAUAAUGCUUUAUACUGUUGAUUGCAAUAUAGUCAUUGUUCUAGAAUAAAAAUACAUGUUUUUAACUACAGGUGUUACUAAUAACAUUAACAAUGGCUCUGCUAUUCUCAAGUUUUUCUCAUGUGGUAGUAAUUUAUCAUGUACAGCAACAGAGCCGUGCAUUAAAUCACUCCUAAUUUUCUUUUAUGAGGACACCAAAUUCUCAUUUUAAAUAUUUUCUUUUAUAUAAUUUCUGGCAUUUCCAGUUGUUUUUUUUUCUAUAAUGCACUAAUUGAAACAGCUGGAUGAAAACAAGUAAUCUCUUGUGAGAGUCUGAAAUUGCAUUUACUGCUUACUGAAAAAAAGUGAAGGGAAUUAUUAGUGACUGUUUUAUUAUUGAGGUUUAGGCUUUUUCAUGAUGUGUUGAAUCAAUUGUGCCUAUUGAAAGAGGCUGUUGUUUAAAAGGAUGUUUAUGUGA